AUGCUCGGUUUCUUUUCUGCUGGUGUUGUUCUUAAUCAGUUUGGUUUAUUCAGAAACCUUACGGAUGUUAAGGUUCUCUCUGAGUGGGGAAUUCUUUUUCUGCUUUUUGAGAUGGGGUUAGAGCUUUCACUGGCACGCUUAAAAGCUUUAGCAAAAUAUGCUUUUGGGAUGGGAUUGACCCAGGUUGUGUUGUCUACACUUGCUUUUACGGCAUUUGAACUUCCACCAAAUGGAGCUUUUGGAACAAAGGUUUUGGAAUUUCUUUUUCACUCAAGACCUGACCUGGUGAACAUUAGAAGUGUUGAUGAAGCUAUUGUUAUUGGAGCUGCUCUUUCUUUGUCAUCAUCCGCAUUUGUUCUACAGCUUCUUGCAGAGAAAGGGGAGCUUCCAACAAGAUUUGGUUCAGCAACUCUCGGAAUCCUUCUUCUUCAGGAUAUAGCAGUUGUCCCUCUUCUAGUCAUACUUCCUAUUCUGGAGAGUCAGAAUCUUGGAAAUGAAAGCAUAUGGCCGAUGCUGGCAACAGAAAGCUUGAAAGCAUUAGGUGGACUCGGUCUGCUAUCCCUUGGAGGAAAAUUUCUUCUCAGGCGUAUCUUUGAAGUGGUUGCGGAGUCAAGGAGUUCUGAAGCUUUUGUUGCUCUCUGCCUGCUUACAGUUGCUGGGACUUCACUCCUAACACAGGCACUUGGUUUCAGUGACACGCUAGGAGCAUUUCUAGCUGGAGCUCUUCUCGCAGAAACUAACUUCAGAACACAAAUUGAAGCUGACAUAAGACCCUUCAGAGGGUUACUGCUUGGAUUAUUCUUUGUAACCACAGGGACAUCCAUUGACAUGCAGCUUCUACUCCGAGAAUGGCCAAAUGUACUUUCCCUCUUAACAGGCUUAAUAGUUAUCAAAACGCUGAUCAUAACUGCCAUAGGUCCACGUGUUGGUUUAACUUUUCAAGAAAGCAUUCGGAUAGGAUUGCUUCUAUCUCAAGGCGGUGAAUUUGGAUUUGUGGUAUUCUCCUUGGCAAACAGGCUUGGAGUGCUUCCACUUGAAUUGAACAAACUUCUCAUCAUUAUAGUUGUACUGUCAAUGGCAUUAACACCUUUACUCAAUGAAAUUGGAAGGACGGCUGCUGAAAUCAUUGAUCAAAAGCGUCUAGUAAAAGAAAAGGACACAGAACCAGUGAACUUUGAGGCAACUGAUCCGGUUGUAAUUCUUGGAUUUGGACAGAUGGCGCAGGUUCUUGCAAACUUUUUAUCCAUGCCACUGGCUUCUGGAUGUGAGAGUAAUACCAUUGGAUGGCCUUAUGUUGUUUUUGAUCUCAACCUUAGCGAGGUGAAGGCGGCUCGAAGAUUGGGUUUUCCAAUAUUGUAUGGUGACGGAUCUCGCCCAGCAGUUUUGCAAUCUGCGGGUAUUUCUUCUCCAAAAGCUGUAAUGGUUAUGUACACAGAGAAGACCAUAACCCUCAAGGCUGUUCAAAGAAUCCGCCUUGCAUUUCCCGCUGUUCCCAUAUAUGCCAGAGCUCAGGAUCUUACUCAUCUGCUUGAUCUGAAAAAAGCAGGUGCAACGGAUGCUAUUCUUGAGAAUACUGAGACAAGUCUGCAGCUUGGUUCAAAGCUCUUAAGAGGACUUGGUGUAAUGUCCGAUGAUGUCACUUUUUUGAGUCAGCUUUUAAGAGAUUCCAUGGAGCUUCAAGCCCAAGAUAAACUCACCAAAAGCGAAAACCUGGAGUACGAUGCCAUGAAACCAUUACAGGUUAGAGUUACUGACAUGGUACAAUCAAAUGGAAGCAGUGGAUUAGCAGACAUGCUUCCAGAUUUGCUUCAAAUUCCUAGCACUGAAGGGAUUGAACAAACCUGGAAUGAAUCAGAUCUUCAAUCUGAAAUUUUAGAUGCAGAUGAUGGAGUCAGGUACUGUCACUUGGAUACAAACAAUGGAUUUUCAAAUAAAAAUGAAGAUGAAGGAAAAAGAGACACAAUGGAUGGUUCUGCGUCAUCUUCAACUGAGGUUUCUUAGAUAUUUUGAUGGCAGGACAGUCAAUGGACCUUAUCACCACCUGUAACAAAAAAAUGAGGUAUUUAUAUGCAAAAUUGCCUGCCUAUAAUAGAAUUAUAACUUUUGAUUAAAAAAAGAAUUCAAUGUCCGAGUAAAAAAAAUAUUUAGUAAAAAAAUAAUGUGUUUGAAGAUAAAA